AUGUCUUCAGAUAACUCUAUUCCAACUAACUUCGCAGAACAAAUAAUCAGUGCCAGCUUGAACUCUAGCAUGCUGUAUAAUCUAGCCAUGGGCAUGUAUACCAUGCUAUAUGGAGGAACGUUCUAUCUUUAUGUAUCCCGGAAGACUGCCCAUGCAGGUCGCCGUACGGUCCUAUGGGCAAUCUCAGCGCUUUAUUUUUUCACCCUCUUGGUGUUCAUCAUGCAAUGGUACCAGCUCAAUUCAGCCUUUGUACUCAAUGGAGAAACCCGAGAUUCUAUCUUCUUCGCAAUUUCACUUGUAAAUCCCCAAUGGAUGUGGCAAGCCUCAGUGAUCUUAUUAAAUUUUACGUUGGCAGUUGCCGAUGGACUUCUUGUGUGGCGAUGCUAUCAUGUCUGGGGCCAGUCUUUAAAAGUCGCGCUAGUCCCUUCGAUGCUAUUUCUAGCGGAAAUAGGUCUCACGGUCACAUCUGCCGUCCUCAAUUCGAUAUUCGGGGAGAUAACGUACAAUGAGGCCGAAACCAAGUUGGCCAACAAUAUUACAUGUGCUUUGGAUUUCAUUUCUCUCGGGACCACAGUCACUUGUACAUGUCUCAUAUGGUACAGAAUACACUCGACACUACGCUUAGGCGGUCCUUCUGCCAAAGGACCGAUAAUCAGGGCUCUGAUUUUAAUCGUCGAAUCCGCCGCACUAUACUCUGCUGUGCUUUUGCUCGAUGCCGUCUCCUUUGUGGUUCCUGCGUUUAGCAAAGAAGAGAGCCCACUGUUCGAAUUUGGCUAUUAUAUAACGAUAUUGUUGAACAUGGCCGCUGGAAUAGCUCCGACUAUCAUGGUUGCCAGAUUAGCUUUUAUGAACCAGAAACCCGACACUCGCUCACUUCCGAUCACCCAUGUUUCCAACUUGAAUUUUCAUCACUCUUCGGAUACAGCCGGAAGUGCUGCUGGAGUUGCAGAUACAGAACCAAAGUCUGUCUCUUCAGCUACGGGAAGCAGGGAGAAUUGGGCAGAUCAAUAUAUGCAUUCGAUUGCCAGAUUUUUCACGCCUUCCCUAUAUUGUAAAAAGUUUGAUAUCAUGAUUCAAAAUCGCUUAAAUCGUCGUGGUACAGUUUAG